CAAAUAUCGAACUUGUACAGUUUUCAAUUAAUUCUUCGUCGGAACGCAUUUAAAUCCAGUUGUCUAUACUAGAGUUACCGGGUACUUGACCUCCCAACUUUCAUAAAAGAUGUCGGACAACGAGUUGCAAGAACCUCUUCUCGAGGGACCAAUCUCCAGCCCCGAGCCUGAAAAUGCCAGCAGCCCGCAAAAAAAGCGUAAGAGAGACGCCGAGGUCGAGGCAAAGGACAAGAAGCAAGCAAAGAAGCCCAAGACCAAGAAGCAAAAGGAGCAAUUUGAGGAAGACUAUCUCGAUAUAGAGGCUGGCAUCAACAAGAGGUUCGCGGAGAUGGACAGCCAGUUGUUGGCCGAUUAUGUGGACCAGAGAACUACGCAGUUUGAGUCUGAUCUCAGCGCCAUUGAGUUGGAGGAUAGGCAUAUUUCUGCGACUUCCAUAAGAGAUACCACCUCGUGGAAUAAACCCCGCACACUUGAUAACCUACCUGGAUUCCUCGAGAGCGUUUGCUCGAACCCAACGAGGCUAUGGGGAGCAUCGAAGAAGAAUGGAGCACCACACACUAUUAUCGUCGCUGGCGCAGGUCAGCGCGCUGCUGAUCUUGCGAGGGUCGUCAGGAAGCUACAGUCCAAGGAUGCCGAAGUAGCCAAGCUCUUCGCGAAGCACAUCAAGCUCCAAGAUGCGGUCAAGUUUCUGAAGAGCAAGCGGACGGGGAUGGCGGUUGGGACGCCAAAGCGUUUGGAAGAUCUGAUGGAUGACGGCGCGUUGCAGAUCGACAGGCUGGAGAGGAUUAUUGUCGAUGCGUCGCAUAUCGAUGUGAAGAAGAGGGGGUUGUUGGAGAUGAAGGAGACGCAGGUGCCUCUUACUCAUUGGUUGAACAGGGCGGAGUUUAAGGAGAGGUAUACUACGACGGGAAAGGAUAAGAUAGAUCUUAUCUUUUACUAGGAGGGUUCUCGGGCAUCCAUGGGCUUAUAGCGAUUUAUAUGUUGUCGAGCGUUUGAUGUUGAGUUUACAAACUAUGAGCUGAGAAUAAUGAAAACUCUGUGGUUCGCAGAUCGCCGUAUUGGCUUUUCCCACGUCAUGUCUAGGUGUUGUCUGUAGUUAAAAUAUUGCCAAUUUAUAUUUGAUGGUCGCUC